GGAAAGUGUGGAGGAUAAUUCUGAUGAUAAUAGUGUUGAUGAUGAUAAUGCAAAGUCUGACACAACACACAACAGCAAUGACACUAUUGGAGGUGAUGAUACAACUACCAAUCAAGAGGAUAUCCAUAGAAGAAAUGAUCGCUUGAUGGCUAAACAAUUCCGAAAGUCAGCCAUCGAAACUAUUGACGAGAAGAGAGAAUUAUUUAUUGAAUAUAAGAAGGAACAAAAAGGAAGAAUGAUUUCUUUUCUCACAUGUAUUUUAACAGAUCCUCUUACCCCAAUAUUUAAUCAAUUCUUUAACGAAUAUUUGACUCCGAUCAACUUUUCAAUCUUUGAGGGGAUUCAAGCUGAACAAGUUAAGAAGCUCAUAGUAUCCCAAGAACAAAUUGAAAUGUUGCAACAUGCCUUUCAGAAAGGGGAUGAAGAAAAGAACAUUUUUCAAAUUCAAACAAAACCUAAAAUGGAAUGAUACAAUUUUUCCCCAUGGAAAAAUAAGAGUUUUGUCAAAUGUUGAUUAUAUGAGAUAUUUAACAAGGGUAUUAUUUAAAUCUCAAAAGGAAGAGAUUGAAAUCAAUCAUAUUGUAUGGACAUUGAGUUUCAAUAGUAGUUACUGAAGAGUAGAGUACAAGAAAAAACCUCAAACAAUCUUGAGAAGAAUUAUAAAUGUAAUAAUUUU